ACGCCAUUUCUUUCCCCUGUUUGUGCCGCUAAUCGACGUGCCAUUUUGCGCAAAAGUAAAAGUAUUCCGCUGUAUUUAGGUAAUUAUUUUCUCUUUUCAUAACAAUAAGUAUGUCUGAAGGCAAAAGUGAACCUGAACAAUUUCGUAAACUUUUCAUUGGAGGAUUAAACUACAAAUCAACAGAAGAAUCCUUGAAAUCUCACUUCGAACAAUGGGGUGAGAUAGUAGACUGUGUCGUUAUGCGCGAUCCACAUUCUAGAAAAUCAAGAGGAUUUGGUUUUAUCACAUACAAACGUGCUCAUAUGGUAGACGAUGCCCAAGCAGCAAGACCUCACAAAAUUGAUGGCCGAGAAGUUGAACCAAAGCGCGCCGUUCCAAGGGAAGAUUCCGGUAAGCCUGAAGCUCAGGUAACAGUCAACAAGUUGUAUGUCAGUGGUUUAAAAGACGAUUUAGGUGAAGAAGACUUAAGGGAAUAUUUCGGCCCUUAUGGAAAUAUUGUCAGCGUGAAUGUUGUCACCGAUAAAGCUACUGGAAAGAAACGCGGUUUCGCGUUCGUCGAAUUCGAUGACUACGACCCAGUUGACAAAAUUGUUCUUCAGCGUCACAACUACAAAGGACGGAGGCUAGAAGUAAAAAAAGCCUUGUCCAGAGAAGAAAUGGGCAAUUUGAAAAUGAAGAAAGAAAUGGGAGGCUUUGGCCGUGGAGGACGAGCUGGCGGCGGUGGUGGUGGACGAGGAGAAUGGCGCACAGCUGAUGAAUUUGAUCGUGGUUAUGGUGGUGGCUACGGCGGUGGUGGCUAUGGAAGUGGAGGUAAUGACUACGGAGGCGGAUACGGCGGCAGUGGCGGUGGAGGUUGGGGCAACAACUCCGGCUACGGCGAUGGUGGAUACGGCGGCGGCGGUGCAGGAGGCUGGGGCGGCGACUUCGGUGGUUCCAGCUACGGCGGUGGACCCAUGAGAGGUAGCACGGGCUAUUCUCAGCGUAGCUCAGGACCAUACGGAGGCGGCGGCGGCAGAGGCUCUGGAGGAUAUGGGCGACGAUAAAUUCAGGUUAAACCCUUAAACUGUACCAGAACAUUAAUUCUCAUGUCUAUCUUCACGUACAUAUUUGUGUAAUGACUUUUUUACCUGUUGGCGUCAUUUUAGUCGUAGCUUCACAUUCAGUACAAAAAUCCUUCAUUGUAUCAUUUUAUUUUCAAGUAAGGAAUGAUGGAUGCUAACCAAUGUGGUAAUAAAUUUUUAAACUAAA